UCAAGCAAGGUUGAACGAAGUGAUGAAGUACACUCCAAUGGCGAGGUCGAGCCCCCACUUCGUCAAGGUCUUCUUCCCCGAGCUCUGCUCCGAAUACCUGGUAUUCCCUUCCCCUCCUCCGGCUCUCGCGUCAAAGAUCAAAUCUUUGGUGUCGGAGUAACUAACAAAGCACGAUGAUGGUGUUUCCUUAGGGUUGUCGACACCUGAAAAUUCCACCGGCUUUCCGUGUACACUUGGAGAAUGAAUCUUUGGGGAUGGUUUCUUUGAGAGGUCCAAGUGGCAAGAUAUGGGACGUGGAGCUGGUCGAUAGCUCAAACGGGCUUCGAUUUGAGAGUGGAUGGAAGGAGUUUGUUGUGGACCAUGCCAUGGAGAUUGGAGACUUCUUGGUGUUCAGGCUUGAGGGGUGCUCUUGCUUCUCAGUUUUGGUGUUUGAUGCCACUGCAUGCGAAAAGGAGGUGGCUUUCCUUGCAAUGCCUAGCUGUGGUAAUGUUGCCACUGUCCGUCAGUUCAUGCAUGGCAAGGAGGAAGCUGUCAUUGAUAGACCUCACCUGCAGGACAUUGAUACCGUCAUUGAUGUGAACAACGACUGGGAGGAAGUCCAGGACUCCAAACCUCUGGUUUUACACCCAAGUGAUGUCCCAGUUGUUGAAAAAAAGAAGAUGAGAAGCGUUGACUGUCUCGCUUUCCAGGGAUCUCCCUUGAAGGAGGCAUGCAUAUAUCCUGAUAGUUUGAAGUCCAAACAAUCGAAAACAGGCCCACAUGUUAAAGCAGUUGCUAAAACUAGUACUUAUUCUCAAUCUUCUAGAACACAAUCAUUAAGCAAAAAACAUGCGGGUUUCAGUCCAUCAAAGCAAUCAAAUGAGCUUUUGAAGUGCUUGCGACUGCUGAAAUCGAGUGAAGUUUGUCGACGUGGGGAAGUUGUGGCAAAGGUGCAAAAAAUGCCAGCUCUGUUAUCGCAACGGCGGCCAGUCACAAAAGAGGAAGUAUAUAAUGCUCUUCGAAAGGCAAAAUCAUUCAAAUCAAAGAAUCCAUUUUUUCAUGUAGUUAUGUAUGACUCUCAUGUUUACACAGGAUUUUUUUUGAAUGUUCCUUCAUCUUUUGCAAGAUUGCACCUUCCCAAGAUAUCUCAAAGGAUUACUCUAUGGGAUGAAAAUGGGAAGCCAUGGAAGGUGACCUAUGUGUGCUGUAGCAACUGCGGCGGCCUAAGUGGUGGUUGGGGAGCCUUUUCUUUCACUCAGAAUCUGGAGAAGCAUGAUGUCUGCGUCUUUGAACUAAUUAAGAGAUCUCUUAUGAAGGUCCAUAUCUUCAGAGUCGUCGACAAAAUAACGCCAUUGAUCCAGAAUUUUAGAGGGGAAAGUUAAAAUUCUAUGGCAUUUUUUUCUUUUCCAUCAGAAGACUGAAAGUAUGUUGCUUGAUUCUUCUUUUUUAAUAAAGACUCAGAAUUGUUUGGCGCUCUCA